GGCCUCUUGCCACGUGCGAGAUAUCUCCUAGUGGAGACAGGAGACGGCUUCGGGUGACAUCGAGGCCGGUGGGCUGCCAGAGCUAGGACAGUCCAGGCUUGUCGUCAACCCCCUCGAGCCUCGGUGCGGUCAAGUUGUGUGUGCUCAGGCCUCGCCCUAUCUCCUUUUGUCCAAGGCCCACCAGCCGUAGCUGUGUCUAGUUCGAGAGGGGGCGGAGAUGUCCCAUGAGUUCCUGCCUGCGCAAACCACUCGCCUCUCUAGCGUCCCCGGUUUUUAAAUCUUUUGUGCCUGCAUCUGCAUGGCCCAGCCCCAUCCUGUCCCACUUUUCCGCUCGAACCAAGCCGUAGCAAACAUCUACAGUCCCCCUCUCCCCAGCCCGAAACUACCCCUCGGGGCCAUCCUGCCGGUAACAUGUUUAAGUAUUGCCCUGCCGCCCUUGUGCCGCCCCGUUUUCCCCGUCUAUUGUAUCCCCUGAAGACACCAAUACCACCAUGGGUGCCCAGCUGCCCUCGGAAGCUGUCGGACAGGCCGCCGGCAUCCUCGUUUACAGCUUCGUUUGUUUGGCCUGUAGCCUCUUCUUGGUCUGGCUGGUAUGGAUUCACAACGAGCGGAAGAGCUAUGUUGCCAUGCUUGGAUUCUUCAUGUCCCUCAGCGCCCUGGCAUCGAUCGUCCAGCAGAUACAUACCAUAGUGUCUUGGAGGGAUGUCAAGACGGAUCAGCACGAGAAUAUGCUGGCAAACGUAGGGAAUCCGGAGCUCCACGUCACUGGCGCCUCUACUGGGUUCGACCGCAUCCUCUUCUACAUCCAAUAUUAUACGUACAACGUCGACGCCCUGCUCGUGCUCUGCUGGUCCGUCGAGCUUGCAUAUUCCAUCUACCAGUUACGGAGUAGUAGGCUUUCCCGAUUCCACGGUAGUAUAGUGGCCAAAUCGGCGGCUGUGGUUCUGCCCGCCCUCCAGAUUGUUCUCCUUCGACUCUGUGGUGGCGUCCAGAAAAGCACAGCUGGCUUCAUUAUCUUGGCCGACUUUAUCAUGAUCACAAGUUUCGCUGUCGGGAGUCUUCUCUUGCUCGCCAUUCUCGGCAAAUAUGUGCACACAAAACUUGCUCUGCUUUCAUGGACUGUACGGUACGGCCGGCCAUCCCAGAGCACAGACGAUGGCAGCGCAAUGGCGAGCAAUGGCGGCCAAGCAAGGCCUGCGCGGCGCACGAACAUAUACGACAGGUGGCUCGUCAUUCGCUUCACGUUAGCCUUUGUUGCUCUCAGUCUCUUCGAGCUUGUCGUCAUUGUGUUUCAGCUGCGCGCCGCCAGCAACAACAACCGGGCGAACAUCCCAAAGGAGCCAGACCUGAGCGCUGCCAAAGCCCAGUCCGACUUUGCUCUCUUCGUGCCGGGCCCAAGCGCAAACCUCCUGACCUUUGUCGUGUUUGGUACGACCCGCACGUUUCGCGACUACAUGUGGACGCUCUUCACUCCCAAACAGGUGCAAGAAAAGCGCUUGGCGAGGAGGAGGGCCAGGGAAUCGGCCUCCCGGAACAACGCCAUCCCCGCCAGCCUCACUCGCCAGGACGUAGAGGCGGGAGGCGGUGGAAUCAAGCUCCAGAAACUCGACCAAGGGGAAGAGACACAGCUGAGAGGGAAGCACGACGACGAUGAGUGGCCCAUAAUACUAAAAUCGCCGUCACCGGCACUGUCGUCGGUCUCGAAUUAUAGAUGAAGAUUUCUCAGAGGGGGAGGAAGGUGCUUUGAAGGCAUCCACGUUAUUAUGCGGGGCAGCGUAGCGGCAACCCCCUAAUGGCUGAAGAAUGUAAUUACCAUCUAGACACGACGCAUAUGAAGGAGUAAUAAACGAAUAAUACCCCUUCUUAAACACAUCGAGUUCAUGUCCCCUGAUGUCAAGACUGGUAUGUUGUGGCUUAAAUCAGAGCCCUUACUCUAUGCCCCGAUAUGAUAUCAAUAGUAUCGAGGGAGGAGCAAUAAUAAGCCGGCG